AUGAAGGUCGAUUGCGAAAAUAAUCCCCUGGCGGGUCUCCGAAGGGAGGAAGCCCGUCCGCUCACUUCGGUGGGCGGCUGCCCUCCGUAUGCAGGGGUGGGCAACAAUCGCCUCGUAGGCCGGCAGGGUGCCGGUCUUCGUGAACACAACCUUGGCUCAAUGAAAACGGACUCUGAUGCGAUAUGGAAUCAGGACUGUGUCGAAUGGAAGGUGAAGGACUGCAACCCGAUGUCGCACUCCAACACCAAUGACCUUUGCGUGAACGCGGCAGAGUGCUCAAAUGAUAAUUUGGGCACUUUGAGACUGAGGGGUGGUGGUUCGCCGCCGCGAAAUUCUGGGGAACGGUUCACUCGUGGAUCGGCUCUUAAGAAAUCUAAAGAGGCAACAACGGGGUCGACGGCGCCUCCAUCAGACGCCGAGGUGUCAGAAACCUCAACAAAUACAAGGACCAGGAGUCGACCUAGAAGCAGGAAAAAUAGGGAGAUAAAGGAUAUAAAGGACAAUAAAGGGGAAGGGACUGGUAUAGGACAAAAAAAUAUGGAUGAUAGUGGGGGGAAAUCUCGCUCAAGUGAGGAAAACGAUAAGAAAAAUUCCGGUGAUGGGUCAGAAAAGGAGCGGGAAAAGAGAUACAUGGAGGAAAGAGGGAAGGAUUCACGCUCACCCUCCCCAAGAGUAUCCUCAGGGACCAGACACCAGGUGGUGGCCAAAAGGGUCCACCCUGAUAAAGGGGAACCGAAACCCUAUAAGGAGCCGCAAAAAAUUAACACGGCUCGGAGGAGGAGGAAGGAUGGCGGUGUAGGGUCCGGCGCGCCUCGCCUUAAAUUAAAGAUUCCGGCCCGAUGCAAAAAGGCCGCUAAGACCUACGCGGGGUUGUCGGCCACCUGCGACAAGCUACGGAACAGCGUGGGCUGGGACCCCGAGGAGGAAGACGAGGAGCCAAUGGACGGUGAAGGUGAUCAGGCGUCCUCGUCGGGGGAUAAGGACCCCAUUGAGGCGGCACGCCGGGCUGCCCAGACGGUAUUGGAGCAGACGGCGAAGUCCGCCGAUAUCAGUGGGUCCGUGAGGGGCGCCAUCAACGACGCUUGCAGCGCUAUUAAGGCCGCCAUGGAGCAGCUACAGGCACAGCAUGAGAGCGAGGAGAUCCGCUCCCUCAGAGCGGAUAAUAAAAGGAUGCGGGAAGAACUCGCUCUCAUGCGAUCGGAGACAAAAGCGCUCCGAAAAGCUUUCUCCGAAAGAGGAAUGGCGGCCCCUCAGGUAGCCCUUGCGAUAGACCCUAAUGGGUCAGUGGACCGCCUAAGGGUCGAAAUGGAGACGCUUCUUGACUCCUUCAGGGAGAAGCUAGAGAGGGAGAACACCAGGCUGCAGGAGGGACAGAGGCGCCUCCCCCCGGAGGAAAUCCUCCGCCCGUCGCUAGCGGCAGACAGAAGAAGGGCAGAGGUCCCGCAGCCUGCCGCCCGGGAGCAACCCAGCCCACAACUGAGGGCGAGGAGGCAGUCGGGAGGCAGUGGCAGACAAGCUGCUGCGACGGGGGCGACACUCAUGCCCCCUGCGAGACCUGCGCCUACUCCGCAAACCAAGAAGACGGCGGCUGGGCCCAAGCCGGUGCCCGCAGCCACCACACAGACACCCCCCACGCAAGGGGAAUGGACGCAAGUGGUGAAACGGGGAAGAAAAAAGAAAAAGAAGGCCACCCCUCCUGCCGCUUCGGCGACACAAACGGCUAAGCCGCCGUCGACCCCGGCACCCAAAAGACUGGCGGUGCCGAAAACCGCGGCGGUAGUAGUGGCUCUUAAGCCAGAGGCAAAGGAGUCGUACGCCUCCGUAAUGCUGAGAGCCACUCAAGCCUUUCGGCUCGAGGAGAUUGGCCUCGAGCAUAUUAAUGUGCGGAAGACGGCGGACGGGGCCCGCAUUUUGGAGGUGGCGGGAGCAGACAAUGGCCGCACCGCCGACGCUCUGAAGGUGCGCCUGGAGGCAGCCAUAGGAGACGUGGCUCGGGUCUACAGACCCGUCAAGAUGGCGCGUCUCCGAGUCUCCGGGCUCGACGAAACUGCCACCCCGGAAGCAGUAGCGAAGGCGAUUGCGGCCAAAGGGGGUUGCUCGCAUGCGAAUAUCCGAGUCGGGGACAUCCGCAUCGGCUACAGCGGCGCUGGCUCGGCCCUUGUACAGUGCCCUAUAGAAGCGGCGAGCGCCGCUGCGUCGGCGGGUAGGGCGACAAUAGGGUGGUCGUCUGCCCGAAUCGAAACACUUGAACCUGAGGUACUCAGGUGCUUUAAGUGCCUGGGCAUCGGACACACUAGGGGCACUUGCCCCUCCUCGGUAGAGCGAAGCGAUCUGUGCUUCCGCUGCAGCAAGCCGGGGCACCGAGGGGCGGCAUGCCAAGCAGAGGCCUUUUGUGCAGUCUGCCACCAGGCGAAAUUGCCAGCAGGGCACAGGAUGGGCGGUUUCUCCUGCAACCCCCCUAAGGACCUGCUCAUGCAGAACCUGGCGGAGUGGGGUGUCGCGCUGGCUGCGGUGGCGGAGCCCUACACUGUCCCUCCCCGGCCUAACUGGGCUAGGGACGGCCGGGUGGCGCUGGUGGCUCCGGCGUUGGGGGAUGUCCUCGUGAGUAUGGAGAGAGGGGACGGAUUCGUGGCGGCUAAAUGGGGUGGAAUUAUAGUAGUCGGGGUGUACUUCUCCCCCAACCUGCCACUGAAUGCCUUCCAACGCUUCCUGGAGGAUCUGGAGGGGGUAGUGAGAAGGGCCGGCCAGGCGCCGAUCCUGGUCUUGGGGGAUUUCAACGCCAAGAGCCGAGCAUGGGGGUCCCCAAACACUGAACCCAGAGGGGCCGAGGUUGAGGUUUGGUCGGCAGCGGCGGGCUUGGUCCUUCUCAACUGCGGCAACGCGCAGACGUGCGUCCGCUGGAAUGGGGGGUCUAUAGUUGACUUAUCCUUCGCGACCCCCGACCUGGCAGCGCGUAUUACCGAGUGGCGCGUUUUGGAGGACGAAGAGACUCUUUCAGAUCAUUUAUAUAUCCGCAUGAGGGUUUCGCCGCUGCAGAGGGCCGCGGCGCCCAGGCCUAAUGGCCGACAGGCCGGGAAGGGGGGGUUCCCAAGAUGGUCGUUGGCCCGCCUCGACAGAGAAAUGGCGGAAGAGGCCGCCAUCAUCGAGGCGUGGAACGCUCCCCAGGUGGCCCCAAGAGGUAUCGACGAGAGGGCCGUUUGCUUCAGAAGGUCCCUGGAGGCGGUUUGUGACGCUUCCAUGCCCCGGGCCCGGCCUGCCCGUGGCAAGAAACAAGUUUACUGGUGGACCCCGGAGAUCGCCGCCCUCCGCACAGCCUCAAAUAACGCCCGGCGGGCCUAUACUCGAUGCAGGAGAAGGAGGCACACCGCCGAAGAGGAGGAGCUCCUCCGCACCGCGUUGGCGGAAAAGACAAGGGCCCUUCAGCAAGCCAUUAGGAAGGCGAAGAACGAGGGAUGGGAGGAGUUCUUGGCAACCCUCAAUAGGGACCCAUGGGGGCGCCCGUACAGAAUGGUGCGCAACAAAUUGCAGAGCGCCCCACCCAUGGACUCCAUGGAGCCAGAACUCCUCCGAAGAGUGGUUGAGGGCCUGUUUCCGGAGGCGCCAGACUUCGUCCCACCGGUGAUGGCUUCCCCAGCAGCGGACCCGGCGGAACCGCUCGUCGUCGUCCCCAUAACGGAUGACGAGAUUGAGUGGGCCAUGGACCGCGUCAGGGCCACGCGCAAAGCAGCGGGACCGGACGGAGUGCCAGGAAAAGUACUCUUCCUUGCACUUAAGCAUCUCGGGAACCGCCUCAAAUCCCUCCUAGACGACUGCCUCGAGGAGGGGCGCUUCCCGAGAUGCUGGAAGGAGGGGCGACUGUGCCUGCUGCGUAAGGAGGGGCGUCCACCAGACUCCCCCGCUGGCUACCGCCCCAUCGUGCUGCUGGAUGAGAUCGGGAAGCUCUUCGAGCGAAUCCUGGUCUCCCGUAUCCAGCGGCAUCUAGUAGAGACGGGUCCGAACUUACAUGACAGCCAGUUCGGGUUCCGAAGGGGGCGGUCUACUAUAGACGCUGUGGCCGCGUUGAGGGAUUUCGGAGUACUUGCGGCAGGUCAGAAGGAGGGAGUGGUGGCGGUGUCACUGGACAUCGCCAACGCGUUCGGGUCCCUCCCCUACACGGUCAUUGGGGAGGCACUCCGUUACCAUGGAGUGCCUCAUUAUCUGAGGCGUGUUAUAGAGCACUACUUGACGGCGCGGGUAGUGCUCUAUGAGCAGAAGGGUGUCCGAAGCGUGAGGGCCAUGAUGUGCGGGGUUCCACAGGGGUCAGUCUUGGGUCCACUCCUGUGGAACAUCGGUUACGACUGGGCGAUCCGGGGGGUGCAGUUUCCCCGCAUGGUCACCGUGUGUUAUGCGGACGACACACUAGUGGCUGUGCGGGGAAAGGAGCUGGAAGAGGUGCUCAGGAGGGCGGCAGUGGCGACAGAGCUCACAAUACAGCGCAUAGAACUCCUGGGCCUACGGGUCGCCCUGCCAAAGACCGAGGCUAUGGUCCUCGGGCGAACGAGGGGUUGGGGGCGGCUGCCGGCGGGCACUGCAGUGAGGGUGGGGGGUGAAUCUGUCCAGGUCAAGGCCCACAUCAAGUACUUGGGCCUUGUCCUGGACAGAAAGUGGACAUUCGAGGAGCACUUUGCACGACUGGCUCCUCGGCUCGUGGGUGCUGCCUCGGCUCUGGGCCGCCUACUGCGAAAUUUGGGGGGGCCGAAUGCGCCGUGUAGGCGGCUGUAUGCGGGGGUCGUCCGGAGCAUGGCGCUCUACGGGGCGCCAAUUUGGGCCGGACGGCUGACGAGAUGCACGAAGGCAUUGCUCCGUCGGCCACAGAGGGUGGUGGCCCAGAGGAUGGUGAGGGCCUACCGCACGACUUCUCACGCAGCGACAUGCCUUCUUGCCGGCACCCCGCCUUGGGAGCUGGACGCGGGGGUACUAGCGGAGAGGUACUGGUGGAGGGCGGAAGCAAGGGGGCGUGGGGAGCCCCCAAACACGGAAGAUGCCGAGAGGGUGUCGCGGGCAGCCGCGGAGCGCCUACGAGAGCGAUGGAGGGAUGCCUUGGAGGAUAGCCACUAUGGAACCCGAACCAUAGGGGCUAUUCUCCCGGUAAUGGACGAGUGGGUGGAUCGGAGCAAGGGGGCCCUGACAUAUAGGGUGACGCAGGUGGUGUCCGGACACGGCUGCUUCGGACACUACCUACACAAGAUACAGAGGGAGCCGGGGCCCCAGUGCCACGAAUGUGGAGCGGCGGACGACACGGCCCAGCACACUCUAGAAGAGUGCAACCGCUGGGCCGUGGAAAGAGCUGCCCUCAGGGCGACCACGGGGGUAGCGGACCUCUCGCUACGCAGCAUAAUAGCGGCGACGCUGGGUAGCGAGAGGAAAUGGGAAGCGGUGACCUCCUUCUGCGAAGAAAUCAUGUCACAGAAGGAGGCGGCGGAGAGGGUGCGUGAAGCGGCUGCUGACGCGCUUCCUCUCCGACGUAGACGGCAGGGUCGAGUGCGAAGAGCAUAUGCUCGCCUCGAGCCCCAGUAG